CAAAGAAUAAUAACUCAUGACCAAUGGUGGUUGGGGUGUUAUGGUUGUCAUAAGAUCGUUUCAUUUGUUUACUAACUUCCUUGGAUCUGGGUUACGUAGUGGUUAUUUGCAGAUCCGAUACCCAACGGUCAUUUGCUACGUAGGCGUUGCAGGUUUCGCAAGCAUGGCACAAACACAAACAGUUGAUUGGAAGAAUGCAAAGUCCAUUUAUGAAUUCACAGUCACUGAUAUAGAUGGCAAUGAAGUAAGCCUGGAGAAGUACAGAGGCCAUGUUUGCCUGAUAGUGAACGUUGCCUCCCAGUGAGGGUUCACAACUAAGAACUACACUCAGCUACAGGAAUUGCACGCUAAGUACGCUGAGUCUAAAGGUCUUAGGAUUCUUGGUUUCCCAUGUAACCAGUUUGGUAAGCAGGAGCCAGGGACAAAUGCUGAGAUUAAGGAGUUUGCUGUAGGGAAAUUUGGUGUUCAGUUUGACAUGUUUGCCAAGAUCGAAGUUAAUGGAGAUGGGGCUGACCCACUGUAUAAAUAUCUGAAGAGCAAGCAAGGAGGAACUCUGGGAAGUUCAAUAAAAUGGAACUUCACAAAGUUCCUGGUCAACAAAGAAGGCAUCCCAGUCAAACGAUAUGGCCCACAGACUUCCCCAUGUAGUUGUGCAAAAGAUUUUGAAAAGUACUGGUAGGAAGAAGCGAGUAUUUGUAGUUUACUUCGGAGCAAGCUGGUGUGUUUCCAGGAUGUGUGUCCAUGUGACUCGUAAUCUUACGACACUCUAUGACGGUUUGCCCCUAAACCACGUCAGUGGUGGGGUUGGCCUGAGAAUUGCGUGCCUGUGUAUGUACAAUUGCCCUUACUAGGUCACAUAUCCUAAUUCACAGAUAGCUUUAAAUCUGAAGUAUUCCAGUUUAAUCUUAUAUCAGAAAUCCAAAAACAAAAUUUAGAAAUAGAUUAUUUUUGUCUUCCUUGUUGUUUUAACUUUUAGUUUUUUUGUAGUUAGGAUUAUUGUAUAAGCCAGUUCAUAGUUAGAACUGCCCAUGCCCGCAUCCAGGGUCAAUCGACAUAAACCUUUGCUGUGUGUACUGUAUUUAUGUUGAUUGAACCUGAUGCGAGCAUGCGCAGUUCUGAUUACUAAUUUGCUUAUUACAAAAUUAAUAUUGCGUUUGAUAAUCAUUAUGGAUUUGGGAUGAGAUGGUCAUACUCCAAUCCCAGGGUACUGGGUUCAUAUCCUGCAAUGUCAAUGCUUUUGAGCUGUGGUUUGUUGGUUAUGGUAGUCACCCUUUAAUCUUUGGUUACAUGUUCAAAUCCUGUUGCUGAAGUGAAGAUGUAGCUUAUUGGAUAAUUAUCUCACUGUCCAAACGUAGGGUAAUGAAAUGGUGCUGUUACUAACUAAUUAAUAAUCUUCAUAAUCACAGGGUCUUGGGUUCGAAUCCUGUAAACAUGAGUGUUUUCAUAAACACUAAAACUAAAGCCACUACACUCUUACGCCUUAUAA